UGAGCACCUGUUGAAAAAUAGCCACACAGAAAAGCAUCAGUUUGUCGACAGUUGUGAGCGCAGAUGAAGUGUAGUUUUGACUGCACGGACUUACUGGAGAAGAAAACGGACAUUUUCAUGGGCUAUUAGAAACUCAGUUAAGAUAAACUGCAGAAAGUAUUUUGUUUGUUAAGGAGGUAUGCGUUUUUCCUGAGGGAAAACUACUCUUCAGAGAGAAUGUCACUGCUAUAAGACAUAUCAUUUUACUUAUGCAUCAGCAAUACAAGGCUUUAUUCAUCAAGUUCAAGACUGGCCGUGGAAAGAGAAUAGAGAAACUAAAAGAGAAACUUGGCACCAGCACAUGAAAAUAGUUUUGAAACAAACAUGUCGAAACCAAUUGACCACGUCAAGCGCCCUAUGAAUGCCUUUAUGGUUUGGUCACGAGCUCAAAGACGAAAAAUGGCUCUUGAUAACCCAAAGAUGCACAACUCUGAAAUCAGCAAACGCCUCGGUGGAGAAUGGAAACUUCUAUCGGACUCGGAGAAAAGACCGUUUAUCGAUGAAGCUAAACGUCUUAGAGCGGUGCACAUGAAAGAGCACCCGGACUACAAAUAUAGACCUCGGCGAAAGCCAAAGAACUCGAUGAAGAAAGACAGAUAUCAGUUUAAUGUGUCUUACAAUCUUGGAGACCACGACUCACUGAAAGGGGCACUUUUACCAGGCGGCGCCUUCGCGGAAACCUUGGGGAAUCCCGAAAAGGCUGCAGCGGCGGUUGCUGCUGCCACUGCUACUAGAGCACUCCUCGGUCAUCCUCUGCCUGCACACAACUAUCCAUAUCUGGACAUAAACUCCAAAAUGUCGGAAUUACCUGCAACCACAUUUCCACAUGCCUCCCUUGAAUAUCCUGGACGUGUUGCUGCAUUUCCUGGGAUGGGAAUCCUUGGCGCCACGCAUACGCAUCCUUCUCCUGGAAACCCAGGAUACGUAGUCCCCUGUAAUUGCCCAGGAUGGACAGCCUCUGGACCUCAUGCUCCUUUAGCUUAUGUGUUUUUGCCUGGAAUGGGAAAGGCUUUUCAUGAACCUUACCCUGCGUACGCAGCGGCCUUAUGAUUUCCGCGGGGAUGAGUACUCGUAAUAUUUUAUGGCUUUUAAUGUACUGUAUGGACCCUUUUGCUAGCUAAGGCUAU